CCAUCAUACUAAUGGCAAUCUGUGAUGCCAGCUACAAAUUUUUGGCAGUUGACAUUGGGGCCUACGCUCAGAACAAUGAUUCACGUGUGUUCAAGGAGUCUAACCUUGGCAAAGCCCUGUAUGCUGGCACAUUCCAGAUUCCAGGACCCAAACCACUACCGGGUAUUGAUGGACCUGCCCUGCCUCAUGUGAUAGUGGCUGAUGAGGCCUUUCAAAUGGCGGAAAACUUGUUGAAGCCAUACUCAGGGAGAAGACUUAAUGCCCAAAGGCGUGUCUUUAAUUAUAGAUUGACACGUGCACGCAGGUAUGUGGAAUGUGCUUUUGGUAUCCUCACUAAUAAAUGGCGCAUACUUACCACCAGCAUUCAAGUAAAGCCGGAAUCCGUGGACUCUGUGAUUAAAGCUUGUGUGGUUCUGCAUAAUUUUGUAAUAAAUUUGGAGCCAGCGUCCAUCCCCACCAUUGAGGAAAUAGCAGAGGUUCAACUUUCUGGACUGGAGCCUUACCCAAUCAGAUCAAGUGUUUCAGUGAUGCAGAUACGUGAACAGUUUUGCAACUACUUUUCAUCAGAGCAAGGUGCAUUGCCAUGGCAGCAUACAAUAUGAAUAUUGCAAGAGACAACUGGAAAUCCCAUACCUGCAUUGCUGAAACAUCACAAUUGUGUCCAUUGUAUUAUAGUUCUAUUAUGUUUUUGAAUAAAACACCACACUGUUAAACUUUAAA